AUGACAUCUGAGGUCCGGGGGCUGAAUGCGGGGGCUCGCAAGCCCUGGGAAAUCCUGGCAUCGUUCCCCAAAGGCUACGAAGUGAUCAUGGAGCAUCUCCUGCAGAGGCUGACUCCACAGCAGAAGUCAAGGGGCCAGGAGCCCAGCUGCAGAACAGAGAUCUCUCCGCUGAUUGCCGCCAGGGCCCUCCACGAGCUGCUGCUGGAGCCUAGCCGGAGGAUGGAGGCGCAGGCCUUCUUCCCCGCCCUGUUCACAGCCCUGCUGUUCCGGAUCCCCCUCCUCAUGGUGGAAGGGGCCACAGAGGCCGCCCAGGAGCAGCACCACGUGACCCAGUGGAUGGACCCCAUCAGCUCCACCGUGGAGGCCCUGAAGACCUUGAUGAGGAGCACGGGGUACAGCGACCACGUAUCUUAUGUUCAGAAACUGGGUGGCUGGGAGCUGCUCACCAGGCCUGAAAGAUACCACGAGGGUGUGGCUCUGCUGGCCAGGGCCAUGGUCAUCAAGAACUGCUGGCACAUCUGCCCCGUCUUCAGCCUCACCGUCAGGAUCCUCCAGGAACGGGACCAAGAGAAUCACUUGACGGCCCUCAUGUUCAUCACCGAGCUGCUGCAGUCCCCGGUCGUGGCGGCCGUCGUGGACGAGGUCACGGUCAGGACUCUGGCCAGCUGGUUCCAGUGCGAGGAGCUGGCCUCUGUGAAGCUGCUCCUGCGGGCGGUGGAGAUCCUCGCGAGGCACGAGCACACGGGGAAGCACCUCCGGGCCCUGCAGCCCUACGUGCUCAACUGCUGCUACUCCGCGGAUGGCGGCAUCGUGGCCGAGACCCUCCAGGUGCUGCGGGGCCUGGUGAAGCAGCUGAGCUGGCAGCACGCUGCCGCCUUCCUCAUCCAGCUUGUCUUCACGCUCGGGCCCUUCCUGGAGGAGGAGGCGGAGAGUCUGCGCCUGACGGCCUUUGAGAUCUACGGGGCCCUCCUGGCCAAGCUCAGCAGGCGGGUCCUUGUCUUCCCCUUGAGGCACCAGGUCCUCAACCUGCUCGUCCUCCUGGCGCUCCACCUGGAGGAUGUGAACGUCAGCGUGGCUCAGAUUGCCCGGUCCGCCCUCUGCCGUACGGCCACCUUGAUGGGCUGGUCAAAGCUCAAAGCGAUAUUUGCCGAGAAGGACGUCUGGACCAUCCUCAGAGCCCUGGCCCUCCUGCUCAGCGCCGCCGUGUCUGCGUGACAGCCCUGAAGCACAUGCAGGAAGACCCUGACCCCGCGGUCAGCUGCCUGGCCGCGCAGACCUGCUACGUCCUGGAGGCCAAGGAGAAGGUGAAGGUCGCCACCCCCAGCCCCUGCUCCUGCUGCAGGAAGCCGAGAAAGGCCCGUUUCUGAGCCUGCGUCCCGGGCAGACAAGACGGUGGCAGCAGUGACUGCGGCUGGGGUCUUCUGAGCUCUGCUCUAGACGUGGGGGGGCGUCCCUGCAAAGCCUCUGUAAUAAAGGGACAGGGACCACUGGUGGCCUAGUGGCUAGGAUCCCGGGCUCUCACUGCCAUGGCCUGGGUUCAGGCCCUGGUUGGGGAACUGAGAUCUCAUAAGCCGUGCAGCACGGUCAAAAAACAAUUUUUUUUUAAAAUUAAAAAUAAAAUAAAAUAAAAGGAGA